AUGCCGCUUCCAGAGGAUGGGUGGAGAGUGGCAUCGCACAACACCUGGAACUCGGGCUUCAGGGCGUCCUGGUGCUCUGCUGAGCCCAUCCAUGGGGUUGUCUGGUGUCGCUAUGGUGCUGCCGGGUCAGGGGCAGCAGAGCCACAGGCAGAGAGAUCUGGCGGGCCCAGUGGGAGCAGGGCUGCCCAGCCUGCACCUGGCCAGGCUCUGCUCCAUGAAAAGGCAGCCAUUCAGGGCCAGCUUGGACGGCAGCCGGGCGGCCACGCUGGCGAUGUGGUCCUGCAGUUGCUCAGCCAGUGGGCAUCAGCCCCGCCCUCCUGCGUGUUGCCCACCAGGAACACGGAAGGGCCGGUCCCUGCUCUUAGCAGUGCCCCGUGUGGUGGGACAGGUGGAGGAGGGACAGCUGUGUCCACCCCUCAGCAGGAGGAGGAGACCCCACAGCACCACGUGAGAGGUCAGUGCCGAAACCAGGGAGGCAGCUCUCAGGAGGGCACCUGUGUGGAGCCAGGGAAACCAGGGCCACACUUGCAGGGUGAAGUGGGGAACCCGGAAGCCUGGGCAGCGGAGCAAAAUGCUUGGUGCCCUGUGGGAACAGGUAGCCAAGGCGACACUGGGAUGAAGGGAGCCGUGGAGCUCUGCUCAGUGGACGUUAGCUAUUAUGAUUGGACAACAGCGUGCUUCCGUUUCAAUUCUAUGGGCAUUUUGGAGGUCCUGCUGGAUGCUAAGCAGCGAAACCUCAACCCGGAACAAUACCAGAACAACCUGAGCAACAGCAGGACCAGCGAUGGCUCUCCCUGCUGGAGGAUUCCGGAAGUCACCUGGCUGGACCAAGCCCCCUCCGUGUUCUCUACAAGUCCGAAUGGGGUCAGAGGGAAAUGGCCGGCCCUUGGGGUGCCCCAGGGUCUUGGAGGGGACCGGGUGUUCAGGUUUCGCACAAGUCCAGGAGGCGCCGGCGACCCCCACCCCCACCCCAGGAGGCUCCGCCAGGAACAGGCGUCCCCGGGAUUGGAGGUGACCCCCGCGGGCUCCGAAGCCCCGCCUCGGCCGAAGAAAACCAUCUACCGGAGUCUGUGCCUGGCCCUGGGCCUGCUCGUGGCCCUGACAGUGUUCCAGCGCAGUCUCACCCCUCGUCAGUUUCUGCAGGAGCCUCUGCCACCCACCCUGGAGCCACAGAAGGCCCAGAAACCAAAUGGACAGCUGGUGAACCCCAACAACUUCUGGAAGAACCUGCAAGAUGUGGCUGCGCCUACGCCCAUGGCCUCUCAGGGGCCCCAGGCUUGGGACGUGACCACCACUAACUGCUCAGCCAAUAUCAACUUGACCCGCCAGCCCUGGUUCAAGGGCCUGGAGCCGCAGUUCCGGCAGUUUCUCUUCUACCGCCACUGCCGCUACUUCCCCAUGCUGCUGAACCACCCAGAGAAGUGCGGGGGCGAUGUCUACCUGCUGGUGGUUGUCAAGUCGGUCAUCACGCAGCACGACCGCCGCGAGGCCAUCCGCCAGACCUGGGGCCGCGAGCGGGAGUCCGCUGGUAGGGGCCGAGGCGCAGUGCGCACCCUCUUCCUUCUGGGCACGGCCUCCAAGCAGGAGGAGCGCACGCAUUACCAGCAGCUGCUGGCCUAUGAAGACCGCCUCUACGGCGACAUCCUGCAGUGGGACUUUCUCGACACCUUCUUCAACCUGACCCUCAAGGAGAUCCACUUCCUCAAGUGGCUGGACAUCUACUGCCCCCACGUCCCUUUCAUUUUCAAAGGCGACGAUGAUGUCUUCGUCAACCCCACCAACUUGCUAGAAUUUCUGGCAGACCGGCAGCCACAGGAAAACCUGUUCGUGGGCGACGUCCUGCAGCACGCUCGGCCCAUCCGCAGGAAAGACAAUAAAUACUACAUCCCCGGAGCCCUGUACAGCAAGGCCAGCUAUCCCCCGUACGCAGGUGGUGGUGGCUUCCUCAUGGCCGGCAGCCUGGCCCGGCGCCUGCACCAUGCCUGCGACACCCUGGAGCUCUACCCGAUCGACGAUGUCUUUCUGGGCAUGUGCCUGGAGGUGCUGGGCGUGCGGCCCAUGGCCCACGAGGGCUUCAAGACUUUUGGCAUCUCCCGCAACCGCAACAGCCGCAUGAACAAGGAGCCGUGCUUUUUCCGCGCCAUGCUGGUGGUGCACAAGCUGCUGCCCCCUGAGCUGCUGGCCAUGUGGGGGCUGGUGCACAGCAAUCUCACCUGCUCCCGCAAGCUCCAGGUGCUCUGACCCCAGCCGGGCCACUGGGACAGGCCAGGGCACGUGCUCCUGAGUCCCCAUGGUAUUGGGGCUGGAGCCGCAGUGCCCAGGCCUAGCCCUUGGUACCCAAGGGGAGGUGGAGGGUUGAGGCCUACGUGCCACUGGGUGUGGUGGGGUGCAGGUAGCCAGAAAGUGACCUCCCUGUAUGGAUAAUUCUAGGAAACUGAGGCCCAGGAACAGUUGGAGUUGCCCAGUGUGGAGGCCCUCUCUGAGGAGCAAGGCGCCAGGCCCUGGCAGCCCUCCUGACCUGGGUCCGUUGCUGGCCCCCUCAGACGUGGAGUGGGAGGUCCUGGUG